AUAUUGUUGGGUUUCAGCACCAAUCUGAUCUUCAUGGAUGUUGGCCGAUUGGCAUGGUGUUUCCAACUUUCUGCAGCGUUUGUGCCAGCAAUGCCUCUGCUCGUUCUCAUCUGGCUCUGUCCGGAAAGUCCUCGUUGGCUUAUGAAGAAAGGAAGGUAUCAGCAAGCCUUCAAAGCAUUUUGCCGUAUCAGAAACACGGAGCUCAUCUCAGCUCGCGAAUUGUUCUACGCCCACUGUCAGUUGAUGGCAGAAUCCGAAGACUUCAAGGGAAAGUCGCUG